AUGCAUCGCAAAAACCCCAUCAGCGUGCUUGUCUACAACACGCUCUUCCCCACGCCCUCACCCACAGACCCGCCCUCCUUCUCCGCCCACCUCUCCAAGAACCUCGUCGGUGAGGUCCGCAUCGAAACUGCAAACUUCUACGGCUCGCUCGACACAAUCGAGGCACGCUACCCAGGUCUCAACUACGCCUUCCAACCGCACCGGAAACGUCUCGGCCGCUUCCCACACCACAGGCGCCUGUUCGAGGCCUUUGACAAACUCGGCUUGACAGAGGCAGAGAUCCAGGGCUUCUGCCGGUGGGAAGGCACACUCUGGGCGCGCGAGCGAUAUGAGCGCGACGAAGGAGUACGUGUAGUCGAUACGACGGGUGUGGAGAUCGGCGCCUGGGUAGACCGGCGAUCACAUUAUGCGCGGACAGGGCCCGGCAUCAACAUAAAGACGGACAUUGAGGUUGAAAUCGAGCAACUCCAGCACCAGCGCAGCGAUCACAACGCCCGGCCAUCAUCAUCAAAUAUCACCACCACUUCGGCGGCCCGGCCCUCCACACAGCACGACACUGAAAUGCCGGAUUCACCCACGACAACCACGUCGUCCAACGGCGGCAACUCGGAAGACGAAAACGAGCACGAUUCCUCUGCGUCGUCGUCGGAAGAAGACGAAGAACUGCCCCAUCUCAACUCCUCCAUCGGCUUCUCUCUCAACGCCCGCCUCCUCCACGCCGCCGCCCUGCGCGAAUCCAGCACAGCAGCCGGCUCCUCGCCCGCCGCAGCCCUCAGCAACAUCCCCAUGGACCCGGAGUGGGAGCAGUAUCUCAAAGAGGCCUCUGAGCGCGGUGAGCUCAACAUCGACGCUACUCGCGAGGCGCUACGGACCAUGGCCGGCCAGAUUGCGCAGCUCCACCAGAGCAGCGUCGAGGCCGAGGGCAGCGAAGCUAUUACUCAGACGUUUCAGCCGCCUGCUGCGCCGUUGGCUUAG